AUGCAGCUGGUAUUCACAGCCUUCUUUAUGCUGCUCUUUGUCCUGCUGUGUCUCCUGGGCAUCCUGGCCAACGGCUUCAUUGUGUUGGUGCUGGGCAGAGAGUGGAGGCGGCAUGGGAGGCUGCUCCCCUCGGACAUGAUCCUCAUCAGCUUGGGUGCCUCCCGGUUCUGCCUGCAGUGGAUUGGAAUGGCGCACAACUUUUACUACUUCCUCUACCUGGGGGAGUUUGGCACAAGUCCCUCCCGACAGCUCUUUGGUCUCCAGUGGGACUUCCUGAAUUCGUCCACCUUCUGGUUCGGCACCUGGCUCAGCGUCCUCUUCUGCGUGAAGAUCGCGAACCUCACGCACCCCACCUUCCUCUGGCUGAAGUGGAGGUUCCCAGGGUCGGUGCCCUGGUUUCUGCUGGGCUCUCUCCUGAUCUCCACGGUCGUCACCUUGCUCUUCUUCUGGGGAAACCGCGCCGUGUAUGAAGGGUAUUUUGUUGGGGAAUUUUAUGGGAAUAUGACCUACCAGGAGUGGAACAUGAGGAUGGAAAUUCACUAUUUCCUGCCCCUGAAAGUGGUCACAUUGUCGAUCCCUUGCUCUGUGUUUCUGGCCUCGACGGCGCUGUUGAUCAAUUCUCUGAGGAAACACACUCGGACCAUGCGGAGAAGUGCCCACAGCCUGCAGGACCCCAGCACGCAGGCUCACACCCGAGCUCUGAAGUCCCUCACCUGCUUCCUUGUUCUGUAUAUCCUGUCCUUCAUGUCCCUGAUCAUCGAUGCUGCAGGCUUCUUUUCCACAGACAGUGGCUGGUACUGGCCCUGGCAAAUUUUAAUCUACCUGUGCACCUCUGUCCAUCCCUUUAUCCUCAUCCUCAGCCACCUCAGGCUUCGAGCGGUGUCCAGGCGGCUGCUUCUGUUGGCCAGGGGCUUCUGGGCAGUCUAG